AGAGCUCGAUGUGUAGUUAUACAUAAACAAUAUUUGUUUUUCCACUCUGCACAAUAAUUAAAAGUCAUUUCCAUUGGUUAUCACAAGUUAUAAAAAGUUAUCAAUGUGUGCAUGACUGUGAGCACUUUAAUUGCGAGCUAUCAGACGCAGCACUACCUAUAGACGACCUGCUCUACAGUGUUUAUAUUCACUAUAUUAACCGAUGACCCCGCACUUUUUAUCUCUAAGGUUAAAAACAUUAUGCGGGCACGUCAUUUUGAACAGUCAAAAAUAGGGUGCUGGUGUUUUAUUAAAUACAGUCGUCUGAUAAGAUUGGAGGGAUGUGAGGGCGUCCUGGAUGGUAUAAAAGUGGCUGCUCAGCCCCAGUUUCAGUGCAUCCAGGAACGCAGAGGAAGUGGUUGGGAAAGAUGAUGAAGUGGCUGAUCGUUGCUUUGGCGUGUUUGACUCUGUCAGAGGGACUUAUCAGGGUCCCUCUGAAGAAGUUCAAGUCUGUCCGCCAGCAGAUGAAGGAUAGCGGGAAGCUGAAGGCAAUCCAUUACACUGAUCCUGGCCUCAAGUACAAAGGCCUGCACCCCAAUGCCUACGCAACCACCAGCAACGCACCUCUCUUGAACUAUGGUGAUAUGUCCUACAGUGGAGUCAUAAGCAUCGGGACCCCAGCACAGUCUUUUUAUGUUCAGUUUGACACCGGAUCCUCCAACCUCUGGGUUGCCUCUACGUACUGCAGCAGCCAGGCCUGCACAAACAUACCUAGGUUCAACCCCACCCAGUCCUCCACCUGGUCCAGUAAUGGGCAGACCUUCUCCCUGCAAUACGGCACUGGGAGCCUCACUGGGGUCUUCGGCUAUGACACUGUCACUAUCGGAGGCAUCACCCUCACUAACCAGGAGGUGGGUCUGAGCACCAAUGAGCCGGGCACCAACUUUAUGUAUGUUGGAUAUGAUGGCAUCCUCGGCCUGGCGUACCCCAGCGAGUCUGUACAAGGACAGCCCACUGUUAUGGACACCAUGAUGCAGAAUAACAUGCUUAAUGCCAACGUUUUCGCUUUCUACCUGAGUCGGAAUGAGGCCCAAGGCAGUGAGAUGACAUUUGGAGGUGUUGAUCAGAGCCGAUACACUGGUGACAUCUACUGGACUGACGUCACCAAUCAGAUGUACUGGCAGAUUGAAAUUAAUGGUUUCUCCAUCAACAACCAGGAGACUGGCUGGUGCCAGGGGGGUUGUCAAAGUAUUGUGGACACAGGCACUUCCCUCCUCGCCUGCCCUCAGCAGCACCUGGGAUACCUGCAGCAGUACAUUGGAGCUCAGGCUAAUGAGAAUGGGGAGUACAUUAUUGAUUGCAACAACCUGGCUAACAUGCCUACUAUUACCUUUAACAUCAAUGGAGUGAACUUCCCCCUGCCCCCAUCUGCCUACACCAUCGUUAACUACCAGAACGGACAACAGUACUGCACCAGCGGCAUCAUGGGUACUUACCUGUCUUCCCAGAAUGGCCAGGUCAUGUGGAUUCUGGGAGACGUGUUCCUGAGGCAGUAUUACUCCGUAUUCGACAUGCAGAACAACCGUGUUGGAUUCAGUGUGCUGGAUGCAGUGUGCCAGGCUCUGGGAGAGGUGCAGGUGUUGAAUGUGACCGAAGGUGGUAACGUCACGGUAUACUGCCGCUACAACAUCCUGAGGUACCGGCAGCACAUGAAGACCUGGUGCAAGCAGCACAAGGAUCCGGGCUUGACGGUGCUGGUGGGGACAGACGGGUACGUGGCGGAGACGCACCACGGCCGCGUGUCUAUCGUGGACCUGAGGAAGAGUGGCAUGGUCUCUGUCACCAUGGCCCUGCUCCGGCAAAACGACUCCGGAGAGUACUGGUGCACAGUGAGGAUGCUGUACGGACUGAAGCCCCUGCAAAGCUUCCAGCUGCACGUUUACCAAGGCACCCCUGAUUCAGAAUCACCAUGGACCCCUGAACAAGAAAGAAGCCUCCCUGACGCUCAGGAAGUGUAUCAGAGUGUAUCAGACGGACCCUUCGACGCACACAUCAUCUGGGGCUCCCUGCGCUGGGCCCUGCUGGCAGUGAUGCUUGCGUGUCCAGUGCUGGUCCACAUCUACCCUGUAGGGAUAGACACUGGCUCUCUCGCUAAACAACCUUGUGGAAGACAAGCCUACAGAUUCUUCAGGUUCAGGAUCAACUACCAAGGAGCGGAUAUGAAAUCGGCAGUGCUUCUGCUGCUGUGUCUCGCCUUAGCCGUGGGGAAUAAGAGGGUGCCUCUGAAGAGACAGAGGUCGAUGAGGCAAGCGAUGCGGGCAAGGGGGGGCCUGUCUGAGUUUUGGAAGAAGCAUCAGCUGGAUAUGACCCAGUACAGCGAUGCCUGCCCUGCUGCCACCAAGGCAGAUGAGCCCCUCAUCAACUACAUGGAUGCUGAAUAUUAUGGGGAGAUCUCCAUAGGGACCCCUCCUCAGAACUUCACUGUGAUCUUCGACACUGGCUCAUCCAACCUUUGGGUCCCCUCUGGUCUGUGUUCCGGCCAAGCCUGCGAAACCCAUCACAGAUAUCAUUCUUCGGACUCUGUGACUUACCAAGUCGAUGGACGCCAAUUCUCCAUUGAGUAUGGCACAGGGAGCCUGACUGGAAUCCUAGGGAUUGACCUGGUGACUGUGGAGGGGAUCGCUGUGUCUAAUCAGCAGUUUGGAGAGAGUGUGACAGAGCCAGGCAGCACUUUCGUCGAUGCCAACUUCGACGGGAUCUUGGGGUUGGGGUACCCGACCAUUGCGGCAGGUGGGGCGACACCGGUGUUCGACAACAUGAUGGCACAAAACCUGGUGGAGAUGCCCAUCUUUAGUGUUUACCUGAACAGGAACCCGGAUUACUCCAGCGGCGGGGAGCUAAUCUUUGGGGGGUUUGACCGCUCGCACUUCUCCGGGGAGCUGCACUGGGUUCCCGUCACAAAGCAGGGCUACUGGCAGAUCCUGGUGGACAAUAUCAAAGUGAAUGGUGAGGUGAUGUUCUGCAGUGGUGGCUGCCAGGCGAUUGUAGACACGGGCACUUCCAUGCUGACGGGACCCACUGCAGACAUCAAAGCCCUGCAGCAGGUCCUGGGAGCCUCACCCCUGGACGAGGGCACGUAUGCUGUGGAGUGUGGAAGCAUCAACAUACUGCCUGACGUGACUUUCACAAUCAACGGUGCUGAGUUCACUCUCAACCCGGCUGCCUACAUUGUGAUGGAGGGGUCUGAGGGGCUCUGCACCACUGGGUUCCAGGGUAUGGACAUCCCCCCCCCAGGGGGUCCCCUCUGGAUUCUGGGGGACGUCUUCAUUGGCCAGUUCUACUCCGUGUUUGACCGAGGCAACAACCGCGUUGGCCUGGCCAAAGCCGUGCCCUGACCCCGGGGUGACCUCUGGAGAGGGAGAGUGGAGAAUAAUCGUGACACUCCCGGAAGUCAACAGCGGCUUAAAAUGAGUUCAACGGCCGCACUGCUUGUAUACAGAAACUGAUCCAACUUCCAGGUGCUGGUUUCUUGUGUGCAACGAUAAAAAAAGAUGUAAUUGUUUUUUUUUGUAUCAUUUUUUUAAAGGAUGUAGGGCAGCUUCACAGCAGGUGUGAACACUAUAGAAAUCCAAUCAUUGUGAGGGUUAAAUGGUAUGGUGGUGAUUGACAAUA